GCUACAGUGUGCGCCCGCGCUUUGUUUCCAUUUUAAACGUGGCUCUAUCGCGAGUGUUUCUACAAGUCUGAUAAGAUUAUUACAUCAGAGUGAUAACAAUCUUCAAGGGAACAAAUUUUUCCUCGUUCAAAGAUUAAUUUUUAGUUUGCGAAAUGCAUCAACUGUAACAAUAGGUUUAGUAAAUAAUAGACUGCAGUGUUACAGUGAAUAGUUAGUGAUAGUUUGUCGGAUGUCCCGUACACUAUGGGUACGAAGAAAACACUGAAGAUAACAGUGGUCGGAGACGGUAUGGUGGGCAAGACUUGCCUACUCUACGUGUACACAAAAAAUGAAUUUCCCAAAGAAUACGUGCCUACAGUGUUUGACAACUAUCUCGGUAACAUCACGGUAGAUGGCGAAGAAGUAGAAUUGGCGCUAUGGGACACAGCUGGUCAAGAAGAUUACGAAAGACUAAGGCCACUCUCAUACAACAACACGAGUUGCUUCCUAGUAUGUUACUCGGUAAACAAUCGCUCCUCAUACGACAACGUCGUGCACAAGUGGUACCCGGAGUUGAAGCAUUUCAGUUCGUCUGUUCCCAUUGUAUUAGUAGCCACAAAAGUUGACUUAAGGUCGACAGAUAAAGCAAUAAUUACACAUCAGGAAGGAAAGAAAUUAAAAAAGAAAAUACGCGCUGUUCAAUUAGUGGAGUGUUCAGCCUUAGAACGUGUUAAUAUGAAUGAGGUGUUUGAGGAAGCCGUACGCGCUGCGCUCCGCAAAAAGCCUGUUACAAAACGUACCUGUCAAUACCUCUAAAGAAAUGUACCUUGGAUUAGCACCUACGAAUUUUAAAGAUGUCGUGAUUAGGACACCCGUAUGUAUCAUUCAUAAUGAUACAGGUGAGGAACAUAAGGGUACACGUACGAAGCCACUUCACUGCCUUCAUAUCUGUCUUCACCCUAACAAGAUAUCGACGAUUUAGAUCCAGAAAAUGAAAUGAACAAUGCUUCCAAAGAAUUAAGUCACAUUAGUUGUAUCUAUUUCUAUAUACUGAAGUAUUAUUAUAUAUUAUAUUACGUUAGGUAAAAUGCACAUUUCAGUAACACCUACUACUGAAAUGUUUAUUUCACCAAUCUAAAUAGGUACUUAUGGUAUCACAAGAUUUUUAGACUGGUAUCACUGUGAUUAAAAAUGGAUAUCAGAUUAUUAUGUAGAAGAGGAAUCGGCCUGAUCAUUUGUUUCAUACAAUAUAAUAAUAUAUUAAAAUUAUUAUUUAUAACAUGUAUAAGUAUUAUUUAAUGUAAUAGGUGUUUCUUAAUUUGUAAAAUGAAUAUAGUUAAGUGAUUCAACCAAAAAUAAAAAGCAUUUAAAACUGUGCAA